AAACUGCCUUCCUGGGCAGCCCUGCCGCUCCACAGCCUGGCCAAGCAGACAUCGAGGACGCACGCUGCCUCCUGCCCUCCUGCCCCGCCGGGGAGCCCAGCCUGAGCCGGCACCUGCCUUUACACCAUGUUCAAGGGGCUGAGCAAAGGCUCUCAGGGGAAGGGGUCCCCCAAGGACUCCCCAGCCAAGGGAUCCCCCAAGGGCUCCCCAGCCAAAGGAUCCAGGGCUGCCGCACAGGAGCUGGCCCUGCUCAUCUCCCGCAUGCAAGCCAAUGCCGACCAGGUGGAGCGGGACAUCCUGGAGACCCAGAAGAGGCUGCAGCAGGACCGGCUGCACAUUGAGCAGAGCCAGGCCCUGAAGCACCAGCAGCAGACGGGCCGCAACCUGAAGGAGGCUGAGGUGCUGCUCAAAGACCUCUUCCUGGAUGUGGACAAGGCCCGGCGCCUCAAGCACCCGCAGGCCGAGGAGAUCGAGAAGGACAUCAAGCAGCUGCACGAGCGGGUGACCCAGGAGUGUGCUGAGUACCGAGCCUUAUAUGAGAAGAUGGUGUUGCCACCCGACAUGGGGCCCAGGGUCAACUGGGCAUGUGUGCUGGAGCAGAAACAGAAGCACAUCAGUGAGGGCCAGUACGGGCCGGGCAUGGGGGAGCUGGAGCAGCAGGUCGCAGAGCACAACAUCUUGCAGAGGGAGAUCGAGGCCUAUGGGCAGCAGCUGUGGAGCCUCGUGGGGCCGGAGGCGAACAGCAUCCGAGGCCAAUACCGGGACCUACUGAAGGCGGCCUCGUGGCGCAGGCAGAGCCUGGGCAGCCUGUACACCCAGUCCGAAGGCUGGUGGGCGGGGCGUCGUGUGAGCGCUCGGUACUGCGUUCCGCAGGUGCACCAGGAGGCCCUGAAGAUGGAGUGGCAGAACUUCCUGAACCUGUGCAUCUGCCAGGAGAGCCAGCUGCAGCGCGUGGAAGACUACCGCCGGUUCCAGGAAGAGGCCGACACAGUCAGCCAGACUCUGGCGAAGCUCAGUUCCAACUUGGACACCAAGUACAGCCCUGUUUGUGGGGGCCCUGUCUUCCCUGCCACAGAGCUGCUGCGACAGCUAGAGGCAGAGGAAAAGCAGCUGGCAGUGGCUGAGAGAACCAUUGGGGACCUGCAGCGGCAGAGCCAGAAGGUGGCUCCUCUGCCUCAGCGCAGGAGCCGGCUGCAGCAGUCCCUGCAUGUGGACAGCAUCUGCGACUGGGACUCGGGAGAAGUGCAGCUGCUGCGGGGAGAGCGUUUUAUGCUGAAGGACAACACUGACCCACACACCUGGGUUGUGCAGGGCCCUGGCGGGGAGACCAAGACUGCCCCAGCCGCCUGCUUCUGCAUCCCUGCGCCGGACCCUGAAGCUGUGGCCCAGGCCUCCAGGCUGGCCACAGAGCUGCAGGUCCUGAAGCAGAAAGUAGCCACCGUGCAGAGCCGCCUGAAGGCCAGUCGCCUGGAGCCCUUGUGGCCUGAACAGCAGGCUCCAGCUGGCUCAGCCCCUGCCGACCCACAGGCCCAGAAGCUGCUGACCCGGAUGACCCAGCUGGAUGGGGACCUGGGGCAGAUAGAGAGGCAGGUCCUGGCCUGGGUCCGGACCCCGCUGAACCGCAAGGCGCCAUUGGAUGACCUGGAGGGCCGCAUCCACAGCCAUGAGGGCACGGCCCAGCGCCUGAAGAGUCUGGGAGCUGAGAAGACGGCGGCCCAGCAGGAGUGUGAGGUGUUUCUGUCCACACAGCCUGUGGGCCCGGCUGCCCUGCAGCUGCCCUUGGUCCUCAACAAUGUUAAGAACAAGCACAGCGAUGCCCAGAUUCUGUGCAGCCUCUAUGGGGAGAAAGCCAAGGCUGCCCUGGGCUUGGAGCAGCAGAUCCAGGAAGCGGACAAGGUCAUCCGGGGCUUCGAGUCCACCUUGGCACAAGAGGCACCCAUCUCCGAUGGCCCCGGGGCACUGCAGGACAGGGUCGGUGAGCUGCAGCACCAGCGGAGGGAGCUGUUAAAGCAGCAGGCCUGUGUGCUGGGGCUGCACCGCCAACUGAAGGCCACGGAGCAUUUGUGCGGUGCUCUGCAGAACCACUUCCGGGAGUUUUGCCAAGACCUGCCGCGCCAGCAGCGCCAGGUACGGGCCCUCACCGACCGCUACCACGCCGUGGGGGACCAGCUGGACCUGCGAGAGAAGACUGUGCAGGAUGCUGGCCUCACCUACCAGCAGUUUAAGAACUGCAAGGACGACCUGAGCUCCUGGCUGGAGCACUUGCCCCACAACCAGGUGCGGCCCAGCGAUGGGCUCAGCCAGAUCGACUACAAGCUACAAGCACAGAAGAGGCUGAUUCGGGAGAUUCAGGGACGGGAGCGAGACAGAGCCACAGUGUCCCGCCUCUCCGGGGACUUGCAGGCGGCUCUCCAGGACUAUGAGCUCCAGGCAGACACCUACCGCUGCUCCCUGGAACCCACCCUGGCAGUGUCAGCCCCCAAGAGGCCUCGAGUGGCCCCCCUGCAGGAGAGCAUCCAGGCCCAGGAGCAGAACCUUGCCAAAACCUAUACCGCAGUCACAGCUGCCCAGCAACAGCAGCUGCACCAGCUGGAAUUUGCCAGAAAGAUGCUGGAGAAGAAGGAGCUCAGCGAGGACAUCCAGGUGACUCGUGUUGCCAAGCAGGGGUCUGAGGGCCCAGCCCAAGUCAGAAGGGAGUCAGAGUCCUUGAAGUCCCAGCUGGAGGAGGAAAGGAAGCGUGUGGCCCAGGUGCAGCGCCAGCUGGAGGAGCAGAGGCACCAGCUGCUGCAGCUGAGGACCCAGCGGCCCGUGGAGAGGCUGGAGGAGAAGGAGGUGGUGGAGUUCUACCGGGACCCCCAGCUGGAGGGCAGUGUGUCCAGGGUGACAUCCCAGUUGGAGGAGGAGGGCAAGAGGAGGGCCCGGCUGCAGGCCAACCUAGAGGCAGCGGCCCAGAAGGUCGUCCAGCUGGAGAACAAGAGGAAGACCAUACAGCCCCACCUGCUGACCAAGGAGGUUACGCAGAUCGAGAGGGACCCAGGCUUGGACAGCCAGGCAGCCCAGCUAAGGGGCAAGAUCCAGCAGCUGCAGGGGGAGAACACUGUCGUCUCGGCCCAGGUGGAGGAGCUGAAGAAGGAGCUGCUGGCCCUUGAGCAGAAGGAGGUGAAUGUGAAGGAGACGGUCAUGGUCAAAGAGGUGGUCAAGGUGGAGAAGGACCCGGAGAUGGUCAAGGCGGCCCAGGCCCUGAGGCUGCAGAUCAAGGAGGAUGCUGCAAGGAGAAAGGGCACGGAGGAGGCCGUGGCCAAGCUACAGGCUCGCAUCAAAGACCUAGAGCGGGUGAUCAGCUCAGUGGAGCCCAAGGUCAUCGUGAAGGAGGUGAGGAAGGUGGAGCAGGACCCAAGCCUUCUCAAAGAGUCCUCUAGGCUCAAAAGCCUCCUUGAGGAAGAGAAGACCAAGAAUGCAGCGCUGGCCAGGGAGCUGAGGGAGCUGCAGGGCAAGUACAGCAUGGUGGAGAAGCAGAAGCCCAAGGUGCAGCUCCAGGAGCGGGUCAAUGAGAUCUUCCAGGUGAGCCCGGAGACAGAACAGGAGAUCAUCAGGCUCCAGGCCGUGCUGCAGGAGAUGGCCAGCAAGAGGAGCGGCGUGGAGAAGGAGGUGGAGAGACUGCUGCCCGACCUGGAGCUCCUGCGGGCCCAGAAGCCCACCGUGGAGUACAAGGAAGUGACCCAGGAGGUGGUGAGGCAUGAGAAGAACCCAGAGCUGCUGCGAGAGAUCGACCGCCUGAAGGCUCAGCUCAACGAGCUGGUCAACAGCAGUGGGCGCUGCCAGGAGCAGCUCAUCCGGCUGCAGGGGGAGCGGGAUGAGUGGAGGCGGGAGCGGGCCAAGGUGGAGACCAAGAUGGUGAACAAGGAGGUGGUGCGCCACGAGAGGGACCCAGUGCUGGAGAAGGAGGCCGAGCGGCUCCGCCAGGAGGUGCGGGAAGCAGCCCAGAAGAGGCGGGCGGCAGAGGCUGUGGUUUAUGAGCUGCAGAACAAGUACCUGCUGCUGGAGAGGAGGAAGCCCGAGGAGAAGGUGGUGGUGCAGGAGGUGGUGGUCACCCAGAAGGACCCAAAGCUGCACGAGGAGCACGGCCGGCUGAGCUGCAGCCUGGACGAGGAGGUGGGACGGCGGCGGCAGCUGGAGCGGGAGGUGCAGCAGCUGCACGCCAGUGUGGAGGAGAAGGAGGGCCUGCUCAGCUUCCGGGAGGACCGCAGCAAGAAGCUGGCCGCCGAGAAGGAGCUGCGACAGCUGACCCUGAGGAUCCAGGAGCUGGAGAAGCGGCCUCCCACAGUGCAGGAGAAGAUCAUCAUGGAGGAAGUGGUCAAGCUGGAGAAGGACCCGGAUCUGGAGAGGUCCACCGAAGCCCUGCGCCGGGACCUGGAACAGGAGAAGACGCGGGUGAUGGAGCUGCACCGCGAGUGCAAAAGCCUGCAGGUCCAGAUCGACGUCCUCCAGAAAACCAAAUCGCAGGAGAAGACCAUCUACAAGGAAGUGAUCAGGGUGGAGAAGGACCAGGUGCUGGAGAGCAAGCGGGCCCAGGCGUGGGAGAUGCUCAGCAGGGAGCGCGAGGCCCGCCAGGCCCGGCAGGACGAGGUGUGGAGCCUGCGGGAGAGGAUUGACCGGGCCGAGGCGCUGAAGAGGACCUGGUCCCGGGAGGAGGCCGAGCUGCAGAAGGCCCGGGACCAGGCUGGCCAGGAGUGCGGGCAGCUGCAGCAGGAGCUGCAGGAGCUGGAGCGGCAGAGGCAGCAGAAGGUGGUGCGGCUGCAGGAGGCAAAGUUGCUCAGCCAGAAGACAGACAACGAGUGGCAGAAGGGGGCCCAGCGGGAUCAGGUGCUCUCACAGCUGGAGGCCUCCAUCCUCCGAGAGAAGGACCAGAUCUACCAGAAGGAGAGGACCCUCCGGGACCUGCAGGCCAAGGCGAGCCGGGAGGAGCUCAGCCAGGAAACCCAGACCCGGGAGACCAACCUCUCCACCAAGAUCUGCAUCUUGGAGCCUGAGACCGGGAACGACCUGUCCCCUUAUGAGGCCUAUAAGAGGGGCAUCAUCGACCGAGGCCAGUACCUCCAGCUGCAGGAGCUGGAGUGCGACUGGGAGGAAGUCACCACCUCGGGGCCCUGCGGGGAGGAGUCGGUGCUCUUGGACCGCAAGAGCGGGAAGCAGUACUCCAUCGAGGCCGCCCUGCGCGGCCGCCGCAUCUCCAAGGAGGAGUACCACCUGUACAAGGAUGGGCGCCUCCCCAUCUCCGAGUUUGCCCUGCUCGUAGCAGGUGAGACCAAGCCCUGCUCCUCUCUCUCCAUUGGCUCCAUCAUCUCCAAGUCCCCGGCCUCCCAGGGCACCAGUUUCUUCUCCCCAGGCUUCUCUUUUGGGCUCGCAGAUGACAGCUUCCCCAUUGCCGGGGUCUACGACCAAACCACAGACAACAAGUGCAGCGUCAAAACAGCCAUGGCCAAGAACCUGCUGGACCCCAUUACGGGGCAGAAGCUGCUGGAGGCGCAGGCGGCCACAGGGGGCAUCGUGGACCUCCUCAGCCGCGAGCGCUGUUCCGUGCACAAGGCCCUGGAGCGGGGGCUCAUCGAGAACACCUCCAUGCAGCGGCUGCUCAACGCCCAAAAGGCCUUCACCGGCAUCGAGGACCCAGUGACCAAGAAGAGGCUGUCGGUGGGCGAGGCUGUCCAGAAGGGCUGGAUGCCCCAGGAGAGCAUCCUUCCGCACCUGCAGGUGCAGCACCUGACCGGGGGGCUCAUCGACCCCAAGAGGACGGGCCGUAUCCCCGUCCCCCAGGCCGUGCUCUUGGGGAUGAUCAGCGAAGAGCUGGCCCAGCUCCUGCAGGACGAGUCUGGCUACGAGAAGGAUCUGACAGACCCCAUCUCCAAGGAGCGGCUGAGCUACAAGGAGGCCAUGGGGCGCUGCCGUAAAGACCCCCUGAGCGGCCUGCUGCUCCUUCCGGCCACCCUGGAGGGGUACCACUGCUUCCGCGUGGCCUCCCCCACCCUGCCGCGCUCCUGUGUGCGCUGACGGGGCGAGCAGCUCCUCCCCAGAGCAGCCUUGCUCUGAGCAGUCUUUUCUCUGUCACUUACUUAAACGUGUAUGGGGUUGGGCUCCGCCUCUCACCUCUGUGCCCAGGCCACCCCAGACCAGCGGGUCAGCAGCUCCGUUUCCCUGCUCCCACCCUGUGCUUCCAAUAA